UCUUCUGAUAUAUGGACAUGGACAUAGAAAUGUAAGCUAGUGUUGAACAAAACUCAUAUUGGCUUUGGUUGAAGUUCAGUAAUAUUUGAUUUGAUUUGAUUUAGUGUCAAUGGCGAAUUUUGGUGAUCAAUCUGCUAUAUACAGAUGCAAAAACUGCCAAACUCCUAUUGCUUUGCGCAGUGAACUCCUUUCUAAAAGCUAUAUGGGAAAAACUGGGCCAGCCUUUAUGUUCUCUCAUGCAAGGAACAUCAUUGCUGGGCCAAAACAAAACAGAGAACUAAUAACUGGGCUGUACACUGUUGCUGGCAUCUUUUGCAGCAACUGUGGUGAGGAAUUAGGUUGGAAGUAUAUACAAGCUUAUGAGGCAAGACAAAAGUUCAAGGAAGGAAGUUUCAUAAUUGAAAGGGCAAGGAUUGCCAAGGAAUACUAGCACAUAUAUUGAAGGCUAUAACACUAAUUAGCAAUAAUCUCACUUGGAAGUUAGUAGCCUUCAUUAAUUUUUGUGUAAUGUUAAAUGUUCACAUGAAUCAUGCUGAUUGCUUAUCUUGUGUGGAAUAAAUUAUAACUGAUAAAAUAUUAAAAAAAAUAUAACAUGUAUUGCUUAAUGAACAAGAA